AUGCCUGUGUUGGUGCUAACGAUGAUAUUUAGUGUAGUGUUUGCAAUAUGGUGGUACUGGUGGAGACCUCGUCCUCGAUCACCUCGCACGUAUCCUGGUGCGUUGCCCAUCAUUGGACACAUAUUUGAGGCUGUAAAAUAUCGCAAUGACGGUACGGCAAUGCCGAGUACGAGUUUUUGUUUUAAUUCAUCACACUUUAAAACAUUUUUGAUAUUUUUUCUACUAAUUUCAGUGCCCACGUGGAAAAUACAUCGUAAGUUACUGAAUCCAGCAUUCAACCAGAAAGUACUGAACACAUUUGUGAAUGUUAUGAAUGUAGAAGCUCAAAGUUUAGUCUCACAAUUCAAAUCUGUAGCGGGACAAGGACCAGUCGAUGUCAAACAAUUUAUAAUUAAAUAUGUUCUAAGAUCGGUUUGCAGAACAUCUUUGGGAUUGGAAGCUAAUGAUCAACACAUGAUUGAUAAGGAAUACGUGCAAGCAAUCGAAGAAACCAUAGCAAUAGUAAUAAAACGAGGUUUAAACGUGGCAUUACAUCCUUCAUUCAUUUACAACAUAACUAAAAUGAGAAAAAGACAACAGGAACUGAUCACGAGGAUAAAAAACAUUUUAAAUAGUAAAAUGGCUUCCGUCAUGUUCCUCAUGUAUUUUAGUAAAAUUUAUACAUUUCAGAUAAUCAAGAAACGUAAAUCUGAUUUAAAAACUACCAAUAAAAAAUCUAUGAGAGACUUCAAUGAUAGUUCACUGAAUGGUGAGUAUAGAGACAAUGGUAAAUUUAAACCUAUACUAGAUCUGAUGCUACAUUUAUCUGAUGAACAACAAGUUAUCUCUGAUGAUGAUAUCAGACAACAUAUUGAUACUUUUGUAUUUGGUUCUUACGACACAACUUCAGCAGUAUUACAGACCACGUUACUAGUGCUAGGAUCACAUCCAGAUGUGCAGGAACGAGUUUAUAAAGAGAUUAAAGAAGUUUUAGGAAAUAAUGAGGAAUUGACUAAAUACGACUUACCAAAACUGGUUUACUUAGAAGCUGUGAUAAAAGAGGUCUUGAGGAUAUAUUCCAUUGCUCCUUGGGUUGCGAGACAACUCGAUACUGAUGUUGUUUUCCGUAUUAAAUUUAUAAUUUCAGCUAAAUAUACGUUAAGAGCUGGAAGUACAUGUAUUCUGGUAUUAUAUAGUCUUCACCGUCACCCCUCUUGGGGACCAGAUGCGAAGCAGUUCAAACCGGAGCGAUGGCUGAAUCCCGAAACUUUACCUACUAACCCCAACGUAUACGCACCGUUCGGAAUUGGCAAGCGAAACUGGAAACAGUACGCCAUGAUGACCCUAAAGACGUCGGUUGCGCAUAUCGUACGAAAUUUCCAAUUAUCUGCAGAUAUCAGUAAUUUGAACUGGAAAUAUGAAGUUGUAUUAAAACCAACAAACCCAAUUCUCGUUAGUUUUACAUUAAGAUCUUAA